AUUCUGCAGUUAAAGAUGCAUUUCCCAAAUAAUACCGUUUCCGAGUUUAAUCACACGACUGGUCGGAUUGAAUCGAAUCAAGGAUAUGCAGCGGAAAUUUUUGGAACCGUUUGUACAAAAUACGUGGCACCUUCAAUUUGUGUUUUCGGAAUUAUUGGAAAUUCUUUCAGCUUGGUAGUCUUGAUGCGGAAAUCUCUUAAGCAAUCCCCAUACAUCAACUUGAAGGCUCUGACCAUAGUUAAUCUAUUGGCUUUGCUCGUAUCGUUUCCUUAUAUGAUACGAGGGGAAAAUUCGACAGAAUACGCAUGGCUGUGGUACAACAUUUACAUUUUCAUCCCUCUCGUCAGCUUGCUAACUGCAACAAGUAUUUGGAUUGUUGUUCUCUUGACUGUUGAGCGCUUUCUGUACGUUAAAUAUCCACUUCGUACAAGAGGACAGUGUGGACCAAAAGGAACUGUAAUUCGAAUAUUAUCUAUAUUAUUUGUAGCUCUCCUCAUGUCUCUGCACAAAUUUUUUCAGUAUGAAUUAGACCCUAUUAAAAAUAAAUAUAUAGAAACUGCAUUUAAACAAAGUAUAAUGUCAUUUAUCAUUGAAAUCGCCCUAAUGGUGAUUAUACAUUUCAUUCCGUUGAUUGUUCUUGCGAUUAUAAACAUUGUGUUAGUGAGAACAGUGCGUCAGGCCCGUAACCGGAGGUUAAUGUUGAACCUGCGCAACAACCAGGAGGGAGGAUGGCAAAAGGAUGAGCGGCGCUUCACCGUCACACUUGCCAGCAUAGUGAUUCUGAACAUCUGUUUUAUCGGACCAACCACCAUCACAGACAUUCUAUAUCUAAGCAAACUUGGUGGACAAAGCGAUAAUUUAAUAACGACCAUUGUUUUCAUGCGUCAUAUUUCAAACGUGUUGCUAUGGUUUUGCCUGUCGUUUAAUUUUGUAUUGUACUGUACUUUUAACAAGCGAUUUUUCCAAGCAAUGAAAGAAAUAUUACAGUUUCACAGAUUUCGACGAAAUCGUUUCCACUCGGUGAAAUCGUCGGAGAUGACAUUCCUACGCUCAACAAACUUUGACAGCUGAUUCUUUCGGAGG